GCCUGUGAAGGCUGAAAUGUGUGACAGGUAAAUGAACCUGCGAUCAGAUUAUCGAUCAGUAGAUCGAUCCUGUUCGUCUCGUCCAGUUUCCCGUCAUUCCGCUGCUGAACGGUUUCCAUGGUAACCGUGACCGCGCCGCCGGACGCGCGCCGCCGCGAUACGGAGGCGAGACGGUGAGUCACCGACAGAAAACAGCUCCGGUAACCGACGAAGCGACAACAGCAACCGACACACCGGGACGGGUUAGCACGUUAGCAUGUUAGCAUCCCGCUGCCGCGUGAGCCGGAGGCGCGAAACGGCUACGGACUGUCAAUGAGGCUGAUGACGGCAACUACCGCAGUGACAUCACAGCAACAGACAGCAGCAACAGCAUCGCCUACUGCAGGGCAGCGGCAACAUCGCCCUACAGUCUGACUGCAGAGCAACUACACGAGAGCAACCGGAGACAGCAGCAACAAACUGACGGCAACUGUGCAGAAUUAAACACGUCCUGAUUUGUUUCUGCAGCAAACAGCAACUGAUCCUACGCCAACAUGUUGCUUAAACCUUCUGUCUUCAGCAGGGACUGCAGCAACUAAAACCUACAACAUCUGCAGCAGCAGCAACUCCGGCAACCUGGAGUUUAUCCAGUUGACAUGUGAGCAUCAACACGUUGCUUCAGCUUGGGAGACAGACAGCAACUUCAUGAAGAGCAACCAGUGACAGAGCUACGAUUUCACUCACAGCAACGCAGCCUACCACUACAGCAACUGCCAACAGCAGGAGGACGUCUGCUUCUGACUGGACGGAUGGACGUCCUUUCAGACUGUCUCGCUGAUCAGAUGACCUGGACUCAGGUAACAGCCUCAGUUAAGCCCCACCCAGCACCCACCUCCCCCUCACGUCAGGUGAAGACAACAGUCAGCGAGAUGAGCCUGUUGAAGGAGGUGGAGCCAGGACAGGAAAUGGAGGGAAAGGUGCAGACCUGGGCUCAGUCUCUGGUGUACACGCUGGAGGAACUCGAGUGUAAAAUCUGCUAUAAUCGCUACGACACGCGCAGCCGGAAGCCCAAACUGCUGGGCUGUCUGCACCGAGUCUGCGCCAAGUGUCUGAAGAAGAUGGUCGACAUGGGAGAGUCUUCGCCGUCCAUAAUCAGCUGCCCAUUCUGCCGCCACGAGACGUAUGUCCCCGACGAAGAGGUGUGGCUGAUGGAGGACGACCGGCACAUCCUGGCGGUCCUGUCGUGUCAGGAUCGUGCUCGGCGAGGAGGUGGAGCAGGAAGUGGCAGCGGUGGGGAGGUAGUGCUAAGUCCCAGCAGUCUGACAGGGGGCGGAGCUGCAGGCAGCGGCGAGGAAGCAUCCCACCGCUCCUCGGACUGUCUCGUCAUCACCAUCAUGGAGCUCCCAGAGGAGUCGCCAUCCUCAGAUUCACUGAGCAUGCUCAAUGUAGUGGGUCUGUACCAUGCUCCCAGUCUGGACUCGCUGCCCUGCAACCUCCCAGGUCAGAAAUGCCGUGCCUGGACAUCCCGCAGCUUCCCACGCUGCCUGCUGGGGGCACUCUGCCUGGUGUACUUUAGCUCGCUGCCAUUGGGGAUCUACCUGCUGAUGAUUGGUCAGCUAUGGCUGGGCGUGGUCCUCGUCAGUCUCGUCCCGUCCACGCUGCUGCUGCUCGUCCUUUACGGCUUCUGUCAGUGUCUCUGCCACGAGCUAAUGGAGGCGCUUGCUGCCCGCACGCACUCGCUACCGUGACAACAAAAUGUAGCCAUAGAAAAGCCUGUAGACUGAGCCAUCACACUCUGACAUCACUCUGACCCUGCCCUUUGUGAAUACCAGCAAGUCCCCCUCACACAUCCCCUUGGUGGAAAUACGGCCAAUCAGUGUUGAACUACGUGAUGACAUCAUCACAUAUAGGAAGUGGAGACAGUCCUCUCCAGUCAGAAGACAUCUGCUGACUAAUCAGAGACAUGUUACUGUCCUGGGCAUGAUCAUAAAACUGUUUUACCUGCUGAUUACAGAACACACCUGUACCUGUAUCACCUGUUUAUCCCACAGUCACAUGACCUGACAGGCUGUUAGCCUAGCUUAACACUUACACUAAUCACAGAGGGAAAGUGCUAGCCUAGCUUAGCAUGUGUAUUUAGCUUUGAAGCUGUGCUUAUUCUAAGCUAUGCUAACAGUCCCGAUGUCCUGUCUGUAAAAUGAUUCAUGAACCCUGUGAUGAUGAUGAGUGUCACUUCCUGUCCGUGUAGUGGGCGGAGCCUUUGGAGAAUCAACUGUUUAGUUUUGUGAUGAAAUAAAUAAACAUAAGUGACAUGAA